CGGAUUUUUGUUCGGUGAUAUGAUUUUGAUAAAUGAUGAUGCUAGCUAGUCUCUAUACAAUGAAACUUAGAAUCUUUCAUGAUUCCAAUUUGUAACUUUCGGUGUUUCUAUUAAAAAAGAUUCUGAAAUCUUGAUUGAUUUGGUUUCAUCGUACAUCGUAAUCAUGUUACAGAUUACAGAAACAAUAUUCAAUUAGCAUCAUACCUCACCCCUUAAAAAAUGGUGAUAUGGUGGGCGAUGUAAACCAAAGAGUCAGAGUACUAUAUGGAGUUGUUUUUUUUUUUGAAUGAAAGGUUGUGUACCCAUGAAAGAUCGCUUGGAGGAAGAUUUUUCACAAAAUAGACGAUUGUACCCUCAUAGGGGCAUUUACGUCAAAAUAACAGGGCGAGAUUCAUCCACGUGUAUAACACAACACACACAUUAUUAAUAAUUAAAAAAAUCUUUUCAUUUGCUUUUAACAAACAAUAAUAUUCCUAUAUAAAAUGUGUAACGUUUGUCCAACUUACAAAUCUUCUUAAUUUCCUCAAAACAUAACCACAACAGAGAGAGAGAUAGAGAAAAUGUGUAGAGGCGUGAAUGAAGAAGAGAACAGAAGCGUCCACGGAGGUUGUCGGAGUCUCUGCACGAGACCAAGUGUUCCGGUUAGGUGUGAGCUCUGUGGUGGUGACGCCUCCGUGUUUUGUGAGGCGGACACGGCUUUCCUCUGUAGGAAAUGCGACCGGUGGGUUCAUGGAGCUAAUUUUUUAGCUUGGAGACAUGUGAGGCGUGUGCUAUGCACAGCAUGUCAGAAGCUCACACGCAAGUGCCUCGUCGGAGACAACUACCACGUUGUAUUACCGUCGGCGACGGCAGGAGAAGCCGCCGUGGAGGAUAUAACGAUACGGAGUGAACAAGAUAGUAAUGAUGAUGAGGUUCCGUAUGUGUUUCUCUGAUGUAGUUUUGUUUUUUGGUGUAAGAUAUUAAUUAAUUCCUAGGGUUUUAUGCAUUUUUCUAUUAAGAAAAAAAACUGGGAAUUUCAUUUAUGAAGCUCGUAAUUAGAAUAUUAUGAAAUGGGUUUUGUCUAAAAUAGAAAAACGAAAAAUUCUGCAACUAAAAAGGAAAUGAAGAAUUGAAGGUUUUUUC